GGACGGUCCAAGGCGUCAUGAGCUUCGCCCAGUUAUCAACACUGAUAAAUAGCACUCGAAUGCCUCGCGAUCUAACCAUCAGACGCGAUUCUGUUCGGGUCGCACUCGCUGGUCCAGGAUGAUAUCCCUCCGUUUCCUGGUGUUGGCAGCGCUGGGCUCCGUGGCUUGCUACAGCGAGCCCGUUCACGCCUCCGUGAGACCUUCAGCUUCACAGCAUGAUAGCUCGUCGGUCGUAUAUGGUCUCUCCAAGAAUCAAAGAGAACUAUUUACCUCGACUAUGUCCGAUUUCGACGAGGGCUUCAACACCACGUCGGAACUGCUAUUCAACUCCGUUCGAUACACCGCUUGGUAUGCCGUUGGACUACUUGCCCGAAACGAGGAUGGAGACGUACCUAAGGCUUCGGCCCUGCUUGAGAAUGCGAUUGCUGCACAGUACAAGGACCCGACAAAGAUUUGGUUCGGUACAUUCAAGGGUACUCCAGAUGAUCCCGAUCCUUCCACGCUUCCCAAUCCUCAGAUUUAUACCGACUAUGAUCCCAACGUCCGCGGCUUUGUGGGAACGUCGUUCAUCAUCGCCCUUGAAGAGUUCAAACAUCUUCUGAAACCCGGUCUUGUCUCUCUUAUCGAAGAGUCUCUCUACAACGCCACUAUCGGGGAUGGUUAUCGCGUUGGAGGCUGGGACAACGACAAUCUGUACCCGGUUUAUUCGAACCCAUGGCUUAUGCGAUGUAUAUGCAGUUCAUGGGUUGGCCAUAACCUUGGCGAUGACAAUCUGACGUACUGGGGGGACAUUUUUGCCCGAGAGGCUGUGGAUCUAUUUGACCAAUAUGACACUUUGUCGGAGUUCAAUAGCGCGACGUACGAGGGCGUUAGUUUGUACGCCCUUACGCUAUGGAACCGGUACGGGCCGCCGAACAGUGUCGUCAAGAAGCAUGGUGCUCGUAUGAUCAAGGGUAUAUGGAAGACAAUUGGUCAGCUCUAUAACCCGUCGAUACUGAACCUCGGAGGACCAUGGGAUCGCACGUACGGUUAUGACAUGACGCAGUACUUUAGCAUCCUCGGCGCUCAAAUCGCCGGUCUCGUCGGCAUAGACGAAGCCCCCAUGCCAUCUCCUCUAGUCAACAGCAAUCACUACAGCGACGCCGCGAUCAUCCCACUUCUUGCGAUCAUCUCUGCGUCGCAUGACACGCUAGUCGCGCCGAGCGUAGUCCAAUAUCUGAAGAAGCUCGAAGGAAACCAUACAUGGACCGGCAAUGCCUAUAGUCCUCCAUUCGACUACGCAACCUCUGGCAGUCAGCGCAACUAUACCGUAUGGCAAGAGGAGGGGCUGAGUAUCGGCGCAAUGGAGAUCAACGAGGCCCGCGUUGGCGGCCCUGCUAUCAACAACCAGACGUUCAACCCUGCUGUCGUGCAAUGGGACACUGGCAUCGGUUCCGUCGGUUACUUAGCCCUGUUCCCGACGGAGAACCAUAUCAGCGGCGUUGUCGACAAGCGUAGCUUAACCAUCACUUACCCGGCUCCAAACAAGACAGCGUCGGUCACCACUAUGUUCACGCUAAUUAUUGGCCCU